AUGACCACCGCCGCGGCCCCUGCUCCUGUCCCUCCUCGCGCCCCUACCUCCCUCGAUCCCUCGCCCCACGGCUCGUCCACCUCGUUGGGGGACAACCUCGCCUUGCCCAAUCCUGCCUUUAUCAGACGGCGCGGUGGCGACGGCAGUGCAAGCCCUUCUGCCCGCUCUUCUAUCUCGAGUAGCCAAGAUCUCAGCACGCUUACCAGUGAAGAGCUGUGGAUUUUGAAUAGGGAAGACGUACCGGACAUGAGCAACCCUCAUACCACUGCUUCAGAGAGGCCGUUGGAUACUGUCAGGAGACAGAGCAAGAUCUCUGAAGCGGCGUUCCAUGGUGGUUUGCCUGGAGAGGUCAUCUGGCCCUCGGCUCCACCUGUCGACGACUUUGCGCCACUUCCCAGAGCCAAGUCACACACCAGCAUCAAUACGCCCGGGAAAAAACGCAUGUCUAUUCGCAGCAAGUCUCGCCGGACCUCAGACACACCUCCCAUCAAUACCAAGCCGAAUGUCAAGGCCGGUGCUCAAUCCAUGCCCGUCUCUCCCGUUGCCCCCAAUCAGGCUAUGAUGUCAUCUGCCCAUUCGUCCUCUACCUCUCUCUCCUCCCACCAGGCUCUCUCCUCCAGCAAGUCUUUCCCUGCUCUCAAUGGCAAAGGUGGGGCGGCUCCUCCUCCUACGACAUACUACUCGCGAGACUUUUUGAGUAGCUUGGCGCCGAGAGAAGGCGGUUAUGCUAUUGCUGCCCAGUUGGGUGGUGGGCUGGGUGCCGCCGGGACCAUCACGGCGACAGACAACAAAAGACGCAGUUCAUAUGCCGAACAAGGAGGCAGGGCAAGGGCGCCCAUGGCCAAGAGCACUGGAAUGGGUAGAUGGAGUCUUGACGGUGGUGAAAACUAUGGGCGACCAUACAUGACUGCUUCGGCGUCCACCACCGCCUCCAACCUCUCAGCCCCGCCCCCCACCUCAGACCCCUCGAAUACGUCUUCUAUCGAGGCUCCUCGCAUGCCCGAGGGUGCUAUGCCCGCCAUCUCUACUCCCCACGGUGCUGCUUCAGUCUCCCCUGCGCCUGCUCAGGUGCAGAGGGCGUCUCCAAACCCCAGUCCGCUGAGCCAGCAGACCAGUGCAGAGGAAGUCAUCCCGCCUACGCCUGAAGCGCCUGUUGCGCCCAAUGCCCCGCAGGUCACGGAAGCUGCUGUUCCUGCUACCAAAGAGGAGUCUGCCCUCGUUUCCGCGCCUGCCUCAGCUGCCGCUAAAGUCCCUCCCGCCCCUGCUGUUACCGAGAAAAGAUCCAAGAGGCAGAUCGCCAAGGACACCAAAGCGGCUCAAAAAGCCGAGCAACAAGCCGCUGCUCAAGCUGCUGCCCGUGCCAAGGCCGAGCAAAUGCGCGUCGAGUUGGCCAAGAAGCAAAAGGCAAGGGAAGAUGAGCAGAAGCGAAGGGAAGACGCAAAGAGGCAGGAGAAGGAGGAAAAGGCAAGGAAGAAGGCCGAGAAGAAGGACAAGAAGAAUGGUGUGUUGAGAAAAACGGCGGCCUCUGGGGAUUUGAAGCAAAAGCCUGCUCAGGUCAAGGCUACACCGGUCAAGGCUGCUCCUGCUCAGACUGUGCCCGGCACAACGCCCAGCAGCGUCGUGUCACCAGCGCCUACCGCCGCCACCCCUGCCCGGGCAUCAUCAGCCAUUCCCUCUACCCCCACCACACUGCGCUCGGCCGCCAAUGUCAACACUCCCGAAUCAGGUGUCGCCGAGUCUACGCGUCCUUCUCGAUCUUCUAUGCCUGCAGGACGUAUGCUCUCUAGCGAACAGGCCGGCGCUAGUCUCUCGAGUGAAAAGGGACCCGAGGUCAAGCUCAGGCGGUCAUUCUUUGGGACCUUGAGAAAGCGAUUGUCGUCCAAUGUUGUGGAAAAGGGCGACUGCGAGGCGUCUCCUGUACCUCCCAUGCCCAACGGUGCUGCUGCUCAGGCUCAGGCUCAAGCUCAGGAUGACUUCAUCUCCCCACCUCCCCGGCGCACUUCUCUGAUGGCCGUCAACCGGGGUUCCAGCAGCAAAUCCCAGGCUCCUGGUUCGGAGGCAGUUGCUGAAGAGUCUCCUGUGGACUCGCCCUCUACCGUGCGACCCAAUGUAGCCUCCGCAUUGGCCAAUGCUCCCUCUUCCCCCUCUCCUUCGCCUAGCAGAAACUCUCAUCAGAUCCCUCGAAAGCCCGUUUCGCCUGAGGGCUCGAUCAAUGGCAGGCGAUCGGUGAGCGGUCCCCGACCCAUGCCUUCGGAUACUAGCCGUUCCAGAGCGACCUCGCUGGCUGCUCUCUCUACCGAGCAGGGCGAACUUGCCGCCCCUGUCACCCCUUCCACCUCUGGCGACGACUCUCAGCUAUCUUAUAUGCAGAGUCGCAGCUCGCACAAGAGCGAAGUGACCCCCGUCACUUCGCUCUCCGGGUCUGAGGCUAUGAGCGAGGACGGUUCGAGGGACAAGGACAACGUUGGUGCUCCUGUCUUGGGCGAAGAGGUGCAGCCCGCGGAGAAGCAGAGCGGCAAGGACUCCGACGAGACGUUGUUGCCUCACCAGGUUACGGCGGUCAAUGCGCCUGUUUUGGCUUAG